AUGAGUUCGGCGAAGGAAGGGCUAGGGAAUUGCCAGCUUCCAAUCUCUCGAAUACGGACGAUAAUGAAGAGCUCGCCAGAAGUUAAUAGCAUAGGAAACGAUUCCCUAUUUCUUAUUGCGAAAGCUACUGAGUUAUUCGUUCAGAAUUUGGCACAACUGGCCUAUGAGAAGAGUUGUAACAAAGAGCUAGUAGAUUACAACGAUCUGGCCGAUAUUAUUAACAAAAAAGAACAACUACAAUUUUUACAAGACAUCAUUCCAAAGAAGAUGAAAUACAAAGACUACCUGGAAAUGGUAAAGAAGAAAGAAAUUAUAGUCAUCAAAUAA